AUGGGCACCGCUCACCGCUUCACGAUCCUCAAGGAGAGAUUAUUUUUGCUCUCUUUGAUAGGGUGUAUAGCUAUCUUUGCGGUAACAGCAGCAACAGCGGCGACGGCGGCAACGGCAGCAGUGGUAGCUAGAACGCAAGAAAGGACCAAUGCUUCUUCAAUACAGAGAAAUGCACUAUCAAUUGGCAUGCCUCAGGACGAAAAAUUGCUUCUCCAUCCAUACACUCCGUUGAAUCUGGUUGUAAGGCAACCUCUGGAAGAUUUCGAGCCCACGGCACUGAGAAGGCGGAAGAGACAGGGGAUAAGCUCUCGGUUUUUUGCCUUUACCGCUGGUCUGGUGGCGGUUGUAUGUUCAGCAGUAACCUUUGUUGUGUUGCAAUGCGCACGCAAAGUUCUAUUCCCGAGAUUGUUUGGCUCUCUGGGUAGAAGGGCUCUCUCAAAUUCCUUUGGGGAGGAGCAGCGGGUGGAGGUCUGCAUUCAGGAGGAGGACGGAAGCAUUGAGGGGGGGGCAGAGGGAGCGGGUGCAAGAGUGGAGGGAAGGCCUUCAGAGGAAGCGGGAGAAGCAAGGGCUCUGGAGGCGUUAGAAGGGCUGAGAUGCACUGUGACGCUUGGAGUGAAAGCGGUGCCAUACCUUCCUACUGAUAACAAGGCAUAUCUGCUUGUCUUGUUGUUCACGGUCUGCGCACAGGAGUUGGUUGUGUAUGGGGUGUACUCAACUCCCGUAGUAGAGUUGGAGCGGCAGAAGACAAUCGAUUUGGUUUUGCAGGUGGGGUGGAAGGCUUUGGCACAACUAGAUUCUCGUGCCCGUCUCUCUGAUUGUCCAAGAAACGCGGGAAAGACGUUAGAACUUGUGGAACAGUUUAGAACCCCCCGACCGAAGUGGAAUCCACAGUCUCUGGCUGUGGAGGCAAGCAUCUCUCUGUAUAGAAUAAUGCAGUGUAAGGAUACUCUAGAACAUCUGCAGCGGUGGGUAGAAAUAUCUACACCUAUUCCCGCAGAGGUAUACAAACACGCAAUUAAAAUCAUUGGAAACGGUUACAAAGCAAACUACUUUGUCUACCCUCUGGCAUACACAAAGGAGAUGACAAGACUUCAGUCACGUUACUCCUAUCUCUUAGACGAGCUUGCCAAAUGCACCGAAGCCGCUCUGCCCAGCCAGAGGCUUGACGAACACCUAAAAGAGCAGCACCAGCAGCAGCAGCAACAGCAGCAGCAGCAACAGCAGCAGCAGCAACAGCAGGGCGUGCAACACCUCCAACAUGAAAAGCAUCUUCCGAGCGACCAGCUUUCCGAGGACAUCGCUGUACCUAGCUCGGCCCUCCAACAUCGUGAGCAACACGCUACUCUGAGGGGUGGUGCGGUGGUACUGCCUCCGCAACCUUCCUGGCCUUAUCCUGCCCCUUCCCAUGGAACCUG